AUGGAUGAUUGCGCCCAUCUCGAAAAAGAACCGGAAAACCUUAUGGAAAAUAUCGACAUUUCGUCAACUUCCUCAGGCGAAACUGGUCUGACGCCCACACAUACCAGCCUACCUGGAUCAUAUGCCGACCCUGAAUUACCGCCGUAUCCUGCACCUGCCGCAGUCGCUCCUUACAAGGAAGCGACCUUCAUCAUUCGCGAUCCUCAGAGCGGCCUUGUUAUCACACUCAAGGAUGGCAAGUUAGGCUUGGCCCCUGCGGAUAAGGAGAAUGCGUUCAUAAAUUGCGAUGACGGGCGUGGCAGUCACUGGCGCUGCAUCGAAAACAAGGGUCGCUGGUUGGGCUUCAAAAAUGCAGUUUCCGGGGAGUUUAUUGGGCACGAUAACAAUAAGAAGAACUGGCGCUUCAUGGCAAAGGUCGAGGCCCACAGGGAAUGGGAGUUUUUCUGUGUCCGUCAGCAUCCAGGUGGCGGCCAUGAGCUGCUUGUGAAGCAUUGGGAUUGCUUUCGUGCGAUGCAAGUGGGCGGCAACAACAACAGGGAGCUGGUGGUUGCUGAUAAAGGACACGGCGGAACGGCGUGGGAGUUUCUUAAAGUUUACUCCGAGAUUUGA